UGUCACUCAGCAUGCGGGGCGACUUCUGGUUCCUUGUGCUGGUGCUCAGGGGGGCUGCCCGGGCUCUGAUACCCCACCCCAGAGCAGGCCACAAUGAAGGUCAAGGCUCUGGAUGGGCUGCCAAGGGGACCAUGCAGGGUUGGACUCGAAGAGCCCGUGAGAGCCCCAUGCAGGAGUCAGAAACACACAGGACCCAGCUGAGCCAGGACCUGGGUGGGGGCACCCUGGCCAUCGACACGCUGCCAGAUAACAAGACCAGAGUGCUGGAAGACAACCACAACUACUACGUGUCACGGGUAUAUGGCCCCGGUGAACCCCGAAGCCAGGAGCUGUGGGUGGAUGUGGCCCAGGCAAAUCGGAGCCAAGUGCGGGUACACCGAGUCCUCUCCAACACCCACCGACAGGCAUCUAGAGUGGUCUUGUCCUUCGAAUUCCCUUUCUACGGGCAUCCUUUGCGGCAGAUCACCAUAGCAACUGGAGGCUUCCUCUUCAUGGGAGAUGUGACCCACCGGAUGCUCACGGCCACGCAGUACGUGGCCCCUUUGAUGGCCAACUUCAACCCUGGCUACUCCAACAAUUCCACAGUUGCCUACUUGGACAAUGGGACAGUCUUUGUGGUGCAGUGGGACCAUGUGUACCUCCAGGGCUGGGAGGACCGCGGUAGCUUCACCUUUCAGGCAGCCCUGUACCGCGACGGCCGCAUCGUCUUUGGCUACAAAGAGAUCCCCAUGUCUGUCCUGGAAAUCAGCUCCUCCCAGCACCCUGUGAAAGCUGGCCUGUCGGAUGCCUUCAUGCUUCUCACCCCAGCCCUCGACAUGUCGGAAUCGCGGCGAAGGACCAUCUUUGAGUACCACCGCGUGGAGCUGGACCCCAGCAAGGUGACCAGUAGGUCAGCUGUGGAGUUCACCCCAUUGCCCACCUGCCUGCAGCAUCGGAGCUGCGAUGCCUGUAUGGCCUCAGACCUUGCCUUCAACUGCAGCUGGUGCCAUGUCCUGCAGAGAUGCUCCAGUGGCUGGGACCGCUACCGGCAGGAGUGGCUGACCUACGGCUGCACUCAGGAGGCGGAGGGCAAAACGUGCGAGGACUUCCAGGAUGAGGACCACUACUCAGCCUCCCCUGACAGCUCCCUCGGCCCCUCGGACGGAGACACCACCACUACCUCCUCAUCCCUCGCCGGAGAUGGUCUCACCACAGAGGAUGACACCAAGCUGGACCCCUACGCGGGUGAAGAUGGUCUCCAGAACAACCUGUCUCCCAAGUCCCAGGGCACCCCGGUGCCUCUGGGCACCGCCGUGGGCGUGGCACUGGCGAUCCUGCUCGUGGCGGCCAUCGUCCUGGCUGGCAUUUACAUCAGUGGGCACCCCACCUCCAAUGCUGCCCUCUUCUUCAUCGAGCGGAGACCUCACCACUGGCCAGCCAUGAAGUUCCGCAACCACCCUAACCAUUCCACCUACACAGAGGUAGAGGCAGCAGCCCACGAGAAGGAAGGCUUCGUGGAGGCUGAGCAGUGCUGAGAGCUCCAGAAGGCACACCCAGGAAUUGUCAUGAAGAUGAGUCAAAGCCGGCUGACAUGUGCCCUGGGCUGGGAAGGGACAGCGGCUCCUGGUGUGGGAGCCAUGCUUUCUCAUCACACCCCACAUUUCUGGAGAGAGGGCAGAAAAGCCACUACAUGGCUUUUUUAAAGGGGCAGUAACCUAAGCUCUUCAUGUUUGAUGGCAAGAGUCAUCCCUGCUGGGCCCCUAAGUGAUCCUCUCUGUCACUGGUCCAGGACCUACCACCACUACUUGGACGUCCUGCUCCCACUUCCCUAAGCUCCUGUGUGUGUGAUGGAGCUCACCAAAGCCUAGCCUGGGGCAGAUGCAUCCUGGGGCCCAUAGACUCAAGAGCUGGUCCUCCUGGCUAUGGGGCCGUCACUGUGGCCCCGGCUUCCAAGGCUCUGACAGCCUGAGACAGAAUCCUUCACCCAUUAGAGAGCCAAGCAGGGGAAGAAAGCUGUGAGGGCGGAGGCGCAUGCUCAGGCUCAGCUCCCUUGCCCAGGCCUUUCUGCUAAGACUCUGUUCUUCCACCCCAGAUGCGUGCAGCUGGUGCCAGUCACGGGCCUGGCAAGCUGUGUUGUGCCUGCCACAGAGACUGUGUGGGACUCCUUGUCUUGGAUGCCAUGUUUGAGGUUCGUCAUCCUCUUUGGCCUGUCCUGUUGGCAGCGCCGGGAAAUACCUCCACAGUAGGCUUGGCUGACCCAGCAUGCCUCCUCUGAACUAGACCUUCAUAGCCACUAAAGGCAAACAGGGUGGUGAGAGGCGAGAGGGCCCCUGGAGGUGACCCCCAACAGGGCACCCCUCUGACUGCAAGAACAGCUGGGACAGAGGGAGCUGGCACAGGAGGGCGGGGCUUUCCACACAAGACCUUGACCUGGAAAGUGACCUCUCCCCAGUUCUGCAGGAAGUCCUGAGGGCUGGGAGUUGAGGCUCCCAGGCGCACUUCGGUUUGGAGGGCACCUUGUCCCAGUGAUGAGUGCUCCCAAGGGCGUAUGUCACUCCCAGCUGUAGCUCAUGCUCCAUCCAAGGAAAAACUGUCAGCAGCAAAUAAAUGUUAAAUUCCAGUCUCCACUUGGCCACACCCUUCUGUGCAUGUCCCCAGGGAAUCUGCGAAGGGAAGAGGGUGGUGCGUGCAAGGUCGUCUGGUGUGGGUGUGCUGGGAGCCGGGGCUAGGCAGUCU